UGUCAUGGCAGAAAAUAUGGAACAUAGCGGUCGUUGAAGGUAUUAGCUUCACUUGUGCUUUAGCUGUAAUAAUAUAUCUGCCUUGAAAAUGUCUUUAUUUUUUAAAGUUAAGCAUGGCAAAAGUCACAGAUGACACGUUUGACAUGUCGCUAAACUAACGCCUAAGUAGCGGUGUGCUAAAGUUAGCAACAGUAGCAUUUCUGCGGCACAAAAAAUAGCUAAAGCAAAAAAAGUAUAUAAACAGUGAGUUUGGUGUGUACAUAUCUAGUUACCAUAAGAAAGAAAUCAAAUGUUGUGGUUAUGAAUAUCUUAGUUAAACUUGUUUACCUGCACUAGUAUUGUUUUGCAGCACAAUGAGUUUGCUGUGUUUGCAAUGUUCCUCAGUAGGAAAAAAGUUUUUAAAAAUAAAUAAAUCCCUGCACAGAUGUCGACGGUGCUCUUGACCUCUCACGGGCAGCGGUGUCACCUCCAGCCUCACCCUGUGGGAGAUAACUGAUGGACAGAGGUGGUGAUGAGAAGGAAGGACGGGGAGGAGGAGGAUGCUGAAAGAGGAGGAUGCUGAAGGCACUGUAACGGGACACUUCCAACGCACCAGCGGAACCCCCACCCCGCCGCUGCCAUCAUCCCUGCCGCGUUCUUCGGACCUCUCCCUCCGCGCGCCUUCGCCGCUCGGACGAUGCGCAUCCCGGAGGGGUAUCACUGCUGCUACAAUUCAAACGCGGCGGUUGCGGGGAAUGGUCGUUGACACCCCGAUCUGGCGUUGAGCGAUCGGAGGGGUCUGCCGGGCAGCAAGAGGAGGGGGGAUUUCGCACCGAGGCGAUUUUUGGCAACGUCUGGAGACGAUGCGCGGCUCAGGACGACUCCCGCUUCAGACCAGGAUUACCCGCCGUUCUGAUGUUGAGUCCUGAGGCACCGGCUGAGUCUCUUGUGGACCCCUGACAGCAACUUCAAACCCCACUCCCAAUCCGAUGUGACAGUAGGUUUCUCGACUCUGUUGGUUGGAAUCUAAAGCCAUAGCUCAUAGCUGUCCGUGAGACAGAGAAAUCCCCUUUGUUUUGAGUGAGCUGUGAGACCAAAGACACUGCAAGCAAAACUACAGCCAUUUUUCUGUUUUCUGUCGACCUGAGCCGGGACAGGAAAGUUUACUUUAGGGUGGGAAAGUUUUAAUGUCAGACAUUGGAGACGGCAGAGUCUUUAGGUUUCUGUCACCAUCACCCGCUCUGAGCUGCGCAGUCCGGAGCAGCGUGCUUUCCAGAUGCCGCCAUGCCCAUCAUCAGCAACGCCAACCAUGACUUCAGCAAUCUGUCCGUCAGUGAUGACAGCAGUCUUGACCGCAUCUUCACCGAGAUCCCUGAAACUGAGACCAUCAAGGGUGUGUACUACCAGAGGGCGCAGUUCAUCCGCCGGCCAGAGGACCUGGUGUCCAUCGACCACGGCCUGCUGGCGGUGAUCAACGUCGGGGGGAACCGCUACACCUUCCCUUGGAGCACUCUGGAGCAAUUCCCCCUCACCCGACUCGGCCGACUCUCGGGCUGCCGGUCCCCCGAGGACAUCGCCAGCGUGUGCGACGACUAUGACGAGGCUCGCAGGGAAUUCUUCUUCGACCGCUCGCCGUCCGCCUUCAGGGUCAUCCUCAACUUCCUGGCCGCGGGGAAACUGCGGAUGCUGCGGGAGAUGUGCGUCCUCUCCCUGCACGACGAGCUGACCUACUGGGGCGUGGAGAUGACGUACAUGGAGCGCUGCUGCAAGAGGAAGAUGUACACGCGCAUCGAGGAGGUGCACGAGCAGGAGCGGCGCGAGGAGGAGUGCCGCCAACGGAACGCCAUGCAGCGCGUGCCGGUGGAGGAAACCAGGUACCGCAAGGUGAUGAACUGGCUGAGGGAUAUGGUGGAGAACCCGCAGUCCGGCCUGCCGGGGAAGAUCUUCGCCUGCUUGUCGGUGAUCAUGGUCGCCGUGACCGUCGUCAGCCUGUGCAUCAGCACCAUGCCGGACCUCAGGGAGGAAGAGGACAGGGGUGAGUGUUCCUCCAAGUGCUACAACAUGUUCAUCAUAGAGACGGUAUGUGUGGCCUGGUUUUCCCUGGAGUUCAUGCUACGGUUCAUUCAGGCCCCCAGCAAGCUGGGAUUCCUCCGUGGGCCACUCAACAUCAUUGACGCUAUGGCCAUCCUUCCCUACUAUGUGUCCCUGGUGGUAACAGAGGAGGACCCAUCCCUGGAUCACGAGAGGCCAGGAGGAGGUAAGGGCUACUUGGACAAGCUGAGCUUGGUGUUGAGGAUCCUGCGUGCACUGAGGAUUCUCUAUGUGAUGCGGUUGGCUCGCCACUCUCUCGGCCUGCAGACGCUUGGGCUGACAGUGAGGCGCAGCACCCGGGAGUUUGGCCUCCUUCUGCUUUUCCUCUGCGUGGCCGUCACCCUCUUUUCCCCACUGGUCCACUUGGCGGAGAGUGAGCUCACGGGUGCCCAUGACUUCAGCAGCAUCCCUGCAUCGUACUGGUGGGCCAUUAUCUCCAUGACAACGGUAGGCUACGGCGACAUGGUGCCACGGUCCAUUCCCGGACAGGUUGUAGCGAUGAGCAGCAUCCUCAGUGGGAUCCUCAUUAUGGCCUUCCCUGCUACCUCCAUCUUCCAUAUGUUCUCUCGCUCCUACCAAGAGCUCAAGAUGGAGAACGACCGAUUGUUCAAAGAAGAGUGUGCUGCCGCUGCCGCCGCAGCUGCUGCUGCCACUGGGGAGCUGCAGGAGGUAGGAGGGGAAGGAGGGGUUGGGGACUCGCCUCCACCUGGACUGGGAUUACAUCUAGACAAGCAUACUGUGCACUCACUGGAGUCUCUGCUAGGGAAGGGUGGUGACGCUGCAGGAAAUAAUAACCACAGCCUUCCAGCAGCUGCUUUCUGAACAGCACAUGCACUGAUUGAUUAAAUCCAAAACUUCCAAGAACAUACAAGUCCCUUAAUCUCUAUCGUGUGUACUGCAAAUGACAAUUGCUCCAAAUGCCUCAUUCCCCACGUGGUCGGGAUGCAUCUGCGUUGCGUUGGAUGAAAGGAGAUUAAACGUACAGCACUUCCUUUGUUCUUCAGUCUAAUGGGAGUGCAAGUGUGCACACUGCUGACUGCAGAGAACCCGAAAGACAUAAAACCCUUUAAAAAAUGGACGGUCCAGUCUGUCUGACCAGAAAGCCUCCGCAGCAAUAUUAUUAACUGGUUGCUUCCAUAAACAUGCAAUAGUCAGUCCAAAGUUGCUUUUCCUUCCACUGUGAAAAUACUUAUAAGCCCAACUGCAACCUAUAGUUUUAUUCAUAUUACUUUUUAAUAUGUUGCCUAGAGUAUGACCUGAAAAUGUCUUGUACUUUAUAUUCUACUUUUCUGCCAUGAAUUCAAAGAAGUGCUCCUCUCUUAAGUUCAUUUUUUGAGAAGCUUGAAGCCAUGUUCUGAGAAGAAAUAUAAACAAAUGGAUAGUUUUGGCUCUUCUAAUAUGUAUAUCCAUCCCUCUCUCAUCUAUGCUUGUAUGCUUGGACUUAAAGAGGUGACAGUUCUCCAUUCUCUACUGUGAACUCCAGGUAAACUGAGUGAGGAUACUGCAGAAGACAUGGUCCAAAACUGCUCUUUAAUCAUCUGAUGAGGAAAUGAAAGGAUGGAGAGACAGAGUAUUUCAGGGUAUGUGAGUGAGAGAGAAUGAGCGCUGACAACCAUGAAAUGUACUUUGCAAUGCUUCAAAUAAAAGCUCUCCUGGUAAUAUGAGAGAAAUCCA